AUGGCUGAAAUUUUAGUCGGAAUAUCUCGAAACAUAUUUCCUUACUCGACUGCAGCAAGAGGUAAAAAGCAACAACACCCUCUAGUGAGAUUAAUUAAGAAAAUCCUAUUCGGAAUAACUUUAGCGGUGGCUCUAGUUUUUGUCCUAAAAUUCUUCUACGCUAAAUUAGCUUUCCUCAAGUGGCUCGUUUCGGCGGGAUAUUUGAAAUUGUUCGCUUUGAAAUUAUUUUUGUGGUACAGAAAAAUGAAAAAUGAAAAUGUACAUCCGGAAAUAGAAGUGGAGCACGAUCCUUGGCAUUCGGAACACUUACCAGAUGAACAUGUCGAACACAUUCAACAUAUUUAUGAUGGGGAUCAUGGGCAUCGUCCUUAUUGGGGUAAAGAGGACCACGCGCAUCAUUUAGCUUAUUCCAAGCAGAAACCAGAGGAUCGUCAUUCGUUAUCGUGGUUAGGUUAAAGAUUUUAUUAACAGUAUUGGGAUUUUGAUAAUUUUUUGCCGAGUGGAA